GGCCAGCUGCGCGCGGCCUGCUCGGCGCGGGAGGCCGCCGAGCGCCUGGGCGAGCGGCUGCUCGGCGCCGCGGAGGCGCGGCGGCGAGGGGCGCUGCUGCUGGUGGCGCUCCUGGACUGGCGCGCGGACGCCGGGCGCUGCCGGCAGCGGCGCGCCCGCCUGAAGGCCGUCGAGUGGGUCUGCUGCCGCGGCGAGCGUGCCGCGCAGGCCAACCUGGCCGCGCGCGCGCUGUUCGCCUGGCGCGCAACGCGCCCCGCCUGCCCCAGCCAAGGCCGCUGCGAGGCCGAAGGCGCUCCCCCGGCCGCGGGCGAGCCGUCCUCGACUCCCGCCGCCGAGGGCGCGGCCG